ACAAUAAUUUGAAGUGAACAUAAAAGUCAUUGAGAGUUGCGUUAUUUACACUAACAAGCAAUAAAAUAGUCGUAUUGAGUUUCGAUGUACAAAUUUUAUCAAUUUAUUAAAUCGUCGUAUUUGUGGAGCCAUUAUCUGUGUGAUAACAGCAAUAACAAUUAAUAUAAGUUUGGAGAUGCACGUACUUUUGUCUCCAUCUGUGAUUCGGACGCCAGUCGCUAAUCUCCUUUUGCGAGUGUUGCUUGUGCGAAAUACAAUAAAAAUGGCGAGACCUGUGGCCCAUUCCAUUAAUUUUAACUCUAAACACUUGAGGAAAGGUGAUCCCCUUCCGCCUUUCAAUGGAAAGCUUCGCGUGUACAAUAUGCGAUACUGUCCAUACGCACAGAGGACACUUUUGGCUUUGAUCGCAAAAAAUAUUGACUUCGAGGUUGUCAACAUAAAUCUUAUUGAUAAACCUGAGUGGCUGACACAGAAAAGUCCUUUAGGAAAAGUGCCUGCCUUAGAAAUAUCGGACGGCGAAUGUCUCAUUGAGAGUCUGAUAACAGCCGAAUAUGUCGACGAAGCAUAUCUGCAGCGGCCUUUGCUUCCCAAAGACCCGGUGCAAAAGGCCAAGGAUAAAGGCUUAAUUGAACGGACCGGAGCUAUACACACAUUUUUAAUAAAAAUUCUAAGGAGCCCAGAAACAAUAACUACAGAUGUUGUUAAUGGUUAUUACAACACUCUAGCAUUACUGGAGAGUGAACUCACAAUGAGAGGAACCUUGUUUUUGGGGGGUGUCCAACCCGGUUUCAUCGACUACAUGAUUUGGCCAUGGCUGGAAAGAAUACCUUCAGUUGUAGAAAUUGAUGCCAGAAUAGCUAUUGAUAACAAACGAUACCCAAAACUGAAUGAAUAUAUCAAACGCAUGGAAAAUGAUUCUGUUGUAAAACAAUACAUAAUACCUCUUGAUGUCUACAGAAAGUUCUUCAAUAAUUACGUAAAAGGAGUCUAUGAAUAUGAGUACUUAAAUAUAAAGGAAUAAAAAAUAAAUCAAUCUUACAAAA